UAUAUAUAUAUAUAUAUAUAUAUAUAUAUAUAUAUAUUUAUAUAUAAAAUUGUCCCUAUGAUAUGUAUUUUUUUUGGAUUUUAUUCCAAACCACGAGUUUUUUGGUUUCGUGGUCCUUUUGGACUGGUUUGUUUGUGAAAAUGGUCCAUGUACUUAACUCCCAUUAAAAGGAAUCCGUUAACCCCCUCAUGUGCCUUCCACGUGAGGGUCUUUCCGUCUUUUUACGAAGAAUGUCAAUGCUUCAUUAUACCUUUUAUCCCUCAUUUACAUUUCUAAACAUCCGUCAACUCCCCACCUCCCUCCUUCUUCAUUAUGCUCCAUUAAACCUGCAAAAAAAACCUCAUUCGUUAUCCAAAGAAGCUAAUCAAAGCAAAAAGAGACAAACUCAUAUGUUAAAGUCAAAAUGGUGUACGUAAUGUGGCAGAUCAGACCAAAAAAUGAAGUUAUGGACGUAUCAUCCAUAUAUGCGGGUGCACCCACAUGGUUUAGUAUUAAGUUUCAUCACGGUAGGAAGUUUACUACAUUACCCGAUAUGAAGUAUGCUGGAGGUGAAGUGUGUUAUGUUGAUUAUGUGGAUAUAGAUGAGUUUUCUGUACAUGAACUUGAUGUUAUAAUGCUUGACCUAGGUUACCCAAACCCACGAAUGAUUGAAUUGACUGAUGAAUCCCCAGUGAUAUACCACCAUUUCAGGAUACCCAAUGAAAAUGAUGAUCAAGGGGCUGAAGUUGAGGCUGAAGUUCAUGUAGAAUCUCCAUUGAGAAUUAUGAACCAUGUCAAUGAUGAGCCAGUUGGUGAGUACAUGCCUUUGAUUCUUUUUGGGAGUAGAAGUUAUGCUUCCUUACCAGAGUAUAAAAGGGGUAAAGUUUGGGAUUCAAAAAGAGGUGAAGGUUCUUGUAACAAGAGGCUUAAUUUAGAGGAUAUUGAUGAUUUAAAAGAGAAGGAAAACACUGAUAAGAGUGUUAAGGAGGUUCAGGAGGCUGCAACUGUUGUUGAAGGAUGCUACAAGCCAUUUACUUCAAAUAUUGCUAAUGUGGAGGAUGAGAUGAUUGGGAGUGAUGAAGACUAUGACAAGGAUGAAGGUGAUGAUGAGGAUAGGAAACAAUAUAAAAAUGAAGAUCAAGUGGACGACAUAAUUGAUGAGGAGAACAAUAUACAAGAUGUUAAUGUGGACAUGACAGACUUCUAUCUAAAUGUUGAAAGUGAUGUUGAAGGAGCUCGUAUUAAUGAUUUUCAUGGUCAUGAACCUAAGAUAUGGAAGUGA